UUUUGCAAACGAAUUUACAAUUUUUAAAAAAUGGCGGGUCGACGAGAAGUUGAAGGAAAACGUUUAUUCAAAAAACUAGACGAAAUCAAAGCCAGAAUCAAAUCUCAUGGUGUAGAUAUAACCGUCCCGAAAUAUCCUCAACCAUCAGACUUCAACAUCGGACCAACACCACUAUUUCAAUUACCACCAGAGAUUUUAGUGCCAAUAUUUGCAUCGGGCCAUCCAACGUAUCGCAAAAAACUCCGACAACGCCAAAGACAGGAUGAGUUGCAACGCAUGAAAAUGCAAGCGUUUACAGCUCUACGCCGUGAAAGAGAAGAGUUUCGUAGAAGAGUGAUCGCCAUUAUUGUCGGCCAUGAAGGUCCCUUUGAUCCCACCGCGAGAGUACCAUCGGACGACGAAAGGGAACUGAUGCGAUAUUACUUCUAUAUUCGUUACGGCAUAGACGAUAAAUACGUAGCCCCAAUUGGAGAAUCCACCCUAAAGAAAAUAUAUAGACUGGUACCGAGUAAGUAUAAGAAAUGGAAAAAGACUCACGAUGAGGUUGUGAUCGAGAUCAAAGAAGACUUCAAUACGGCGGUGAAAAAAUCCAUUGUCGAUUUUGUUCUGAAAGAUCCACAAUGUGAAGCGGGUAUUGAGGAUUUCCAAAGCAACGAACGCAACGAAUGCGAAAAAAUGAGCAUCGUUUGGAAACCUGUCUACGAUUAUAAUCGCGGUAAAAUUGCCAGGACUAUCAACAUUAUUAAUCCAUGUAUUGUUGAACUUGUUGAUUUAUGGUUUACAAGAUUCGACAAUUUUCGUUUGAUCAACACUGAAGCAUUGAGAGAAAACAAAACAAUUUUUGAACUAAUAGAUUUCAACUGGAAUAUGUCCGAACACAUCAAACGUGGCAAAGAAAUGUUAAUAACCAAUUAUUACAGAACAGCUGUGGAUAUUUUUGUUGGUGGAAUGGCGAAGAAAAAGAUUCCAUUAACACCGGUGAAACUGAAAAAGUUUUUCGCUUGCGUAGCUGUCAUUAUGACACAAAAUAUGCAAAACUUGUGCUUGAAUUCACUGGCGGACUUUUAUAAUUACAUUACUGACACUAAGAAAAAUCGCGGGUUUCUUUUGAAUCUCGUCCUGAAAGUAAACUUCUUAUCGUUCGACCCACCGUUUAAGCAUUUUCGCGAAUCGAUACUCAAAGUGAUUGAUGACAUCACCGAAGCAGUUCUCAGUUUUCCACGUGUAGAGACCUACGUUUUUCCCAGCAAGGCGACGAAAGGAAAUUUACAAACUUUGAACCCGGCGAUACCGGAAGAUUUGGUCAUGAAUUACAAACAGGGUAUAAUUAACUUCCUGCAUGAGCAACGCAUUCCGCCCGAGUUGAAAGUGCAGGAUUUCGAUGAUUACAUGGCGCUUAUAAACGGCGACUACGCGACGGACAUUGAAACAUUUUUGAGCGAAGACCACUCGUUUGAAGAAUACUGCGAGAAGAUUUUAUUUUAUAAAGAUAUCGCGGAUAAUAUUCCAAUCAAAAUGGAGCAUAUGGUGCGAAUAGGAAUGUAUGACAUCGAUAGGAAUAAUUUAAUUCAAGACUUUGUUGAUGUGUGCAACGAUUUCAAGGAUCAAUUAGUGAAGAGAAUGACGGCUAAUUAUCAAGCAAAUUGCAGACAGUUAGGAGAGGAAUAUGAAAUUAUAAUGGAUAGAGCAGUAACGGUUCCUGAAAACACUGAGGAAUUAAUGGAUUUAAUUAAUUUCGUUGCCAACGUUCGAUCUAAUUUACUUAGUGAAAUGGAAGAUCGUUUAAGGGAUGUUAUGAGACAUAUAAUAUUCUUAUCAGAUCAUAGUAUUUUUACACCGCUUGAGAUGAAAACAAAUAACAACACGUUUUGGUGUUAUUUGCGUGGUCACCAUGUUUUGGACGAUCAUAAUGAUAUGGUAGAACAGAAAAUAUUGGAAUUCCAAGCGUUGCUCGAGACAAAAAUCAAAUUCGAAGAAAAACUUGCUUUAUACGCAGUUUUGGUGGAUGAAAUGCAAUAUAAUGGAGAAUUGGAAUUUUUGCCAAAAUAUUUCAAAAGAGCUAAUCAACUAGAUAAAAGAUUGGUUAAUGCUUUAGAAAUAAUUGAUCACUUUAACGCUGAAGAAACAGCCUUUAAAUUUGAAUUAUCCCAAUAUCCAAUCCGGAAACAAACCCACGAUAAGCUCCGCCCCUUUAAACAACUCUAUGACAACGCCACUGAAUUUCUAACCAAGUAUAACCUCUGGAUGAAUUCAAAAGUAGGCACCUAUGACCCGGAAGAAAUCGAAACCGAAGUGGGGCAAAUCUAUAGAGUUGUUUAUAAAUUAGAGAAAUUCUUCUCUGAUAAACCAGCAACAUAUGGUUUAGCUUGUAUUAUUCGCGAAAAACUUGAUACAUUUAAAGAUUAUAUGCCCAUUAUACAAACCCUUGGAAAUCCUGGUCUUAAAGAACGUCAUUGGGAGAAGAUUUCGGAAAUUGUCGGUUUUCCUAUUACUGUAGAUGAUUCUCUAACACUUGCAAAGGUAUUAGACUACCAGUUGGAAGAAUAUCUUGCCAAGUUUGAGGUCAUUUCUGAAGCCGCAACCAAAGAGAGUAAUUUGGAGCGUGGUCUUGCAAAGAUGAAAGGUGAAUGGGAAGGUGUCGAGUUUUCUGUUCUUAUCUACAGAGAUACCGGAACAUAUAUUUUAUCAGCCAUUGAUGAAAUUCAGGUGUUGUUGGAUGAUCACAUUGUGAAGACUCAAACAAUGAAGAAUUCUCCGUAUAUAAAACCCUUUGAAACAGAGAUUCUCGAAUGGGAAGCACUUUUAGUUCUAUUACAAGAUAUCAUGGAUGAUUGGCUUAAAGUUCAGGCAACUUGGAUGUAUCUGGAGCCAAUUUUCUCAUCACCAGAUAUCCAACAACAAAUGCCUGAAGAAGGAAGAAGAUUUACUGCUGUUGAUAAAAUCUGGAGGGAUAUUAUGAAGACUGUCAAUGAACAACCUGGAGUUUUGACUGUUGUAGAGAUAGAUAAAAUGUCGGAACGCUUGAAGAAAUGCAACAGUCUUCUGGAAGUUAUCCAGAAAGGUCUUAAUGAUUACCUGGAGAAGAAACGCUUGUUCUUCCCGAGAUUCUUCUUCUUAUCCAAUGAUGAAUUAUUGGAGAUAUUAUCAGAAACUAAAGAUCCCACAAGAGUGCAACCUCAUUUGAAGAAGUGCUUCGAAGGAAUUGCAAAGUUGACAUUUACAGAAGACCUGGUUGUUACUGUGAUGAAGUCCAGUGAAGGAGAAGAAGUUCCCCUAGAAGAUAUCAUUGAAACUAAACUAGCACGAGGUGCAGUAGAAAAAUGGUUGCUACAAUUGGAAGCUGAUAUGAAGAAAUCUGUUCAUAAACGGGUGCAAUUAGCAGUGGAAAAUUAUCCAAAGGUCAAAAGACACGAAUGGGUUUUGGCAUGGCCUGGACAGUGUGUCCAAAGUGUUGCGAUGUGUUAUUGGACAAUGGAUGUUCACGCAGCCAUAGAGACCAGUAUUGAUUCACUGAAGAACUAUUAUGAUAAAUGUAACACCCAAAUAUCGAGGGUUGUUGAUCUAGUCAGAGGAAAACUGAAUACACAAAACCGUAUCACUCUUGGUGCUUUAGUUGUUCUAGAUGUUCACGGGCGUGAUGUCUUACAGGAAAUAAUUGAGUUUAAAGUGAGUAAUGUCACAGAAUUUAAAUGGUUGUGCCAGUUGAGAUAUUACUGGGAGAGAAACGAAAUGGCAACCAGGAUGAUCAACUCCACAUUGAUGUAUGGAUAUGAAUAUCUUGGUAAUACACCCAGAUUAGUCAUCACACCCUUAACUGAUCGAUGUUAUCGAACGUUGUUUGGAGCACUACACUUGCACCUUGGUGGUGCUCCUGAAGGACCUGCGGGAACUGGUAAAACCGAAACUACUAAAGAUUUAGCCAAAGCAGUUGCAAAGCAAUGCGUGGUCUUUAACUGUUCGGAUGGUUUGGAUUACAUCGCACUGGGGAAGUUCUUCAAAGGUUUAGCGUCGUGUGGAGCUUGGUCUUGCUUUGACGAGUUCAACCGAAUUGACCUUGAAGUGCUCUCUGUAGUUGCGCAACAGAUUCUAACUAUUCAACGUGGUAUAAACUCUGGGAACCCAAAGUUAAUGUUUGAAGGCACUGAAUUGACGCUUGAUCCAACUUGCGCUGUGUUUAUCACCAUGAAUCCAGGUUAUGCAGGUAGAUCUGAACUUCCGGAUAAUUUGAAAGCACUAUUUAGAUCUGUGGCUAUGAUGGUACCCGACUAUGCGCUUAUUUCUGAGAUUGAAUUAUACUCUUAUGGUUUCCUCACGGCAAAACCAUUAGCUGUAAAAAUUGUUGCAACUUAUCGACUUUGUUCUGAACAGUUAUCAUCACAAUGUCAUUAUGAUUACGGAAUGCGAGCUGUUAAAUCAGUCCUCAGAGCAGCUGGUACUCUAAAACUUAGAUACCCGGAAGAAAGAGAAGAUAUUUUAGUACUACGCUCAAUUAAAGACGUAAAUUUGGCAAAGUUUUUAGUACCAGAUGUUCCUUUAUUCCAAGGAAUCACUUCUGAUUUAUUCCCUGGCGUUACACUACCAGCACCCGACUAUGAUAUCCUCACUAAAGCAGUACAGGAUACUUGUGUUCAAAUGAAUCUACAAUUAACUCCAUUUUUCCUAGAGAAAAUCGAACAAUUAUUCGAAAUGAUUAUAGUGAGACACGGUUUGAUGUUAGUUGGUUUACCAUUUGGCGGUAAAACAUCUUGCUAUAGGGUUCUGGCUGAUGCACUAGGCCUGGUUGAAGAACGUGGUGAAAUGGAUGAGCACCGUGCAAUUUACACAGUAAUGAAUCCCAAAUCAAUCACAAUGGGACAACUCUACGGACAAUUUGAUCCGGUCUCACAUGAAUGGUCCGAUGGAGUACUAGCUGUGAGUUUUCGAGCAAUGGCCAUGUCCCAAACAGAAGACAGAAAAUGGCUUAUAUUUGAUGGUCCAGUAGACGCAAUUUGGAUAGAAAACAUGAACACAGUUUUAGACGACAAUAAAAAACUAUGUUUAAUGUCCGGAGAAAUCAUUCAAAUGUCCCCACAGAUGAAUUUGAUAUUUGAACCAAUGGAUCUAGAAGUAGCUUCACCUGCUACCGUCUCACGAUGUGGUAUGAUUUACUACGACCCAGCAUCCCUUGGCUGGGAACCACUUUUAACCUCAUGGGAAAAGACUCUACCUGAUGCUUUGAAUGAACAAGACAGAAAAAUGAUCGAUAAUCUGUUUCAUCGUUUUUGUCCGCCGCUACUCUGGCUGAUCAAAAAGGGUCUCAAGGAGAUGUGCCCCAUGUCAGAGUCUAAUCUCUUGGUAUCAACUAUGAAUCUAUUUGAUUGUUUCUUAGACGACUUCAGAGAUGAAAAAUUUUUGGAGAAUUGUACUGAUUUAGACAAGAGAGCUCAAUUAGAAGGGUCUUUCUUUUUCGCAGCUAUCUGGGGUUUGGGUGGGACACUAGAUGCUGCAAGUAGAAAUGACUUUAAUUUAUUAUUCAGAGGUUUAUUAGAUAAAAAGUUCCCUGAAUCUACCGCAAAAGUAUUAUCGCUACCAAUGACUAUAGACAAGCCUGACAAACCGUAUAUUUUUGUAAUACCCACACAUGAAACCGUUUUUGAUUUUCGAUAUAUCAAAGAAGGCAAAGGAAAGUGGAAAAGAUGGGUUGAUGAACUCGCAAUGCAACCUCCAAUAUCCAGAGAUAUUCCUGUGAAUCAAAUUAUUGUUCCCACAGUGGAAACUGUCAGAAAUAUUGCUCUAAUGACUUAUUUGGUUCAACAUCAAAAAGCUUUAAUGAUUGUUGGACCAACUGGAACUGGAAAAUCAGUUUAUAUCAUCGAUUUUCUAUUGAAGAAAAACGAUACAAAAACAUACAAAGCUACUUUUAUGGCAUUCUCCGCUCAAACAUCAGCAAACCAAACCCAGGAUAUCAUAAUGAGUAAACUAGAUAAAAGAAGAAAAGGUGUUUAUGGUCCACCGGUUGGUAAAAAGUCAGUAUUCUUUGUUGAUGAUGUCAGCAUGCCUAUCAAAGAAACCUACGGAGCACAACCUCCAAUAGAACUUUUAAGACAAUGGUUUGACCAUGGCAUUUGGUAUGAUAGAAAAGAGGUAGUUCCAAUGAAACUGGUUGAUAUUCAGUUUAUAUCCGCAAUGGGACCACCUUCGGGAGGCAACACAGUCACACCACGUUUUGCAAGACACUUUAAUCACAUUUGUAUUGAUGAAUUUGGAGAUGAAGUGAUGGUGAACAUUUUCAGUCGGAUUAUGCUCUGGCAUUUGGACACCAGGGGCUUCUCAAAGGAAUUUGAUCCAUGUAUUGAACAAAUUGUAGGCGCUACUUUGUCUGUGUACAAGUUAAGUCGGGAAAAUUUGUUGCCAACUCCAGCAAAGUCACAUUAUCUUUAUAAUUUGAGAGAUUUUUCAAGAGUUAUCCAAGGAGUACUUUUAUCUGUACCGGAAACAAUGGAUAGUUUAAUAGCUAUGAAACGUCUCUGGGUACAUGAAGUCCUCAGAGUCUACUGUGAUCGAUUAAUUGAUCAAGAAGACAGAAAUUGGUUAAUCAACACUUUACACACAAUUAGUCAACAGUAUCUACAUGAAGAUAUGAAUAAGAUGUUCAAACGUCUAUUUCUACCAAACACUACAAAUAUUGGUGAAAUUGAACUGAGAAACCUGGUCUACUGUGAUUUUGCAAAUCCGAAAGCUGAUCAACGUUACUACGCUGAAGUAGCAGAUCUCAAUUCCCUCCGAGAAAUAGUAGAAGGUUAUCUUCGAGAAUACAAUAACAUGACCAAGAAACCAAUGAAUCUGGUAAUGUUCAAAUUUGCUAUUGAACAUUUAUCAAAAAUCUGCCGCAUUGUAAAACAACCCAGAAGCCACGCACUUCUAGUUGGAGUAGGUGGUUCGGGACGUCAAUCAUUAACAACAUUAGCCGCUCAUAUUUCUGAAUAUGAACAGUUCCAAAUUGAGUUGACCAGACAAUAUGGCCGCGCGGAAUGGUUCGAAGAUUUGAGGCAUAUUCUACGAAAAGCAAGUGCUACUGAUCAACAUGGAAUAUUUUUGUUCUCUGAUACACAAUUGAAAGACGAAUCAUUUCUGGAAGAUUUAAGCAAUUUGCUGAAUUCUGGGGAAGUGCCCAAUUUGUUUCCAAUGGAAGACAAAGCAGAGAUUUGUGAAAAAAUGCGUCAGUUGGAUAGGCAACGAGAUAGAUCACUACAAACUGAUGGAAGUCCUGUGGCAUUGUUUAACUUUUUCGUACAGAUUGUCAGAGAACAGUUGCAUAUCUCCUUGACGAUGUCUCCAAUUGGGGACGGGUUCAGAAUACGUCUGAGAAAGUUUCCUGCUCUUGUUAAUUGUUGUACAAUUGAUUGGUUCCAACCUUGGCCUGAAGAUGCUCUAAUUGCGGUCGCGACCCGCUUUCUGGGAGAAGUGGAUCUUCCAGUUAAAGAGCGACAAGUCUGUAUCGACAUGUGCCAAACCUUCCACACCAGUACUGAGGAAUUGUCCCUUGAGUUCUUUAAACGAUUAGGGCGUCGCACCUACGUCACGCCUACUUCGUACUUGGAGCUCAUAAGCACUUUCAAAACUUUCCUGGAUCGAAAGCGACAGGAAGUCCUACUCGGCAAGAAGCGGUAUAUAGUUGGUUUGGAGAAACUUGCAGCCGCUUCAGCUGAAGUUUCCGUCAUGCAGGCGAGUUUAGAAGCACUGCAACCCGCUUUAGAGGAAGCAGCCAGCAACGUACAAGCAACACUGGUGAAAGUUGAAGCGGAAUCAGCCGAAGCCGCAAUUGUAGAAGCAAAAAUUACAGAAGAUGAAACCGUCGCCAAUGAAGUCGCCAAAGCUGCACAGGCAAUCAAAGAUGAAUGUGAUGCUAAUCUAGCUGAGGCACUACCAAUUCUGGAUGCUGCAAUGGCCGCUUUGAAUACACUGACACCAGCGGAUAUUACAAUCGUCAAAACAAUGAAAAAUCCUCCGAAAGGCAUCAAACUCGUUAUGGAAGGCAUCUGUGUAUUGAAAGAUGUCAAACCUGAUAAGGUCCCUGCUCCGAACGGCAUUGGAACAGUGGAAGACUACUGGGGUCCUUCCAAAAGAGUAUUGGGAGACAUGAAAUUCCUGGAGGGAUUAAUUAACUAUGACAAAGACAAUAUUCCUCCGAGAAUUAUGCAAAAAUACCGAAAAAUUCUACAUGAUCCUAAUUUUGAUCGAAAAAUUAAAACAGCUUCCACAGCCGCUGAAGGUUUAUGUAAGUGGACCAUCGCUAUUGCAAAAUACGACAAAGUUGCAAAAGUCAUAGCGCCGAAAAAGAUCGCACUUGCUGCCGCCGAGGGUGAGUUUCAAGAAGCCCAAGCUGAAUUGGAUGUUAAACGUGCCCUAUUGGCGGAAGCCAAAGCACGUGUAGCUAAUUUAGAAAAAAUCUACGAUGAUGAAAAUAACAAGUUUCAAAUGUUGCGCGAUGAGGCUGACCUUUGCGCUCUGAAACUCCAACGAGCUGAAGAUUUAAUCGGAGGACUUGGUGGUGAAAAAGAUCGAUGGAGUGCAGCAGCUAAAUCUCUCGGAGAAAAAUAUUUCAUAUUAACAGGAGAUGUCCUGAUUAGUUCCGGUGUUGUGGCAUACCUAGGACCAUUCACAAUGCUUUUCCGUCAACAACAAAUCGAAAGUUGGGUGAAACGCGUGUCUAGUUUCAAUAUUGUCUGCGCUAAAGACUUCCAACUAACUGCAGUUCUUGGUGAACCUGUCGUGAUCCGACAAUGGAACAUUCAGGGUUUACCUUCGGAUAGUUUCAGCAUAGAUAAUGCCAUCAUUAUCAAAAAUGCACGCAGAUAUCCGUUAAUGAUCGAUCCGCAGGGGCAGGCGAACAAGUGGACGAAAAACAUGGAGAAACCCAAUAAUCUUUCGACGAUACGCCUGAAUCAGGCCGAUUACGUCCGCGUGCUCGAGAAUGCAAUUCAAUUUGGCCUCCCUGUGCUGUUGGAAAACAUCGGCGAAGAAUUGGAUGCGGUUCUGGAGCCGAUUCUAGCGCAACAAACCUUUAAACAAGGCGGAACUUUGUGUCUUAAAUUGGGCGAUGCUAUUGUAGAAUACAACAAAUCGUUUAGGUUAUACAUAACCACAAAAAUGAGAAAUCCACAUUAUUUACCAGAAGUGGCAGUAAAAGUGACAUUGGUUAACUUUAUGAUUACUACCGUUGGUUUAGAAGACCAACUUUUGGGUAUUGUUGUUGCUAAAGAACGUCCUGAUCUAGAAUCGGAAAAGAAUUCUCUAAUCAUCCAAGGUGCAGAAAAUAAGCGCCAACUUAAAGAGAUAGAAGAUAAAAUUCUGGAAAUUCUAAGUUCUUCAGAAGGAAAUAUUUUAGAAGAUGAAACAGCUGUUAAUAUUUUAAGCUCUUCGAAAGCCUUAGCAAAUGACAUUGCAAGCAAACAAGCAAUUUCAGAAGUAACCGAAAAGCAAAUAGACUCUGCGAGAUUAGAAUAUCGCCCGAUAGCAGUACACUCCGCCAUCUUGUUUUUCACAACAGCGGAUCUAGCGCAAAUUGAUCCGAUGUACCAAUACUCUUUAGUAUGGUUUAUGAAUUUAUACAAAAACGCGAUCGAUAACACCGAACGCGUAGAAGACGUUACCGAAAGACUAAAAGAUUUGAAAAAGUUCUUUACCCACUCGUUGUAUGUGAACAUUUGUCGAAGUUUAUUCGAAAAAGAUAAACUUUUAUUUUCACUUCUGCUGGCGAUCAACAUUAUGAAAAGCCAGAAUUUAGUGGAUCAUUCAGAAUGGAUGUUUCUGUUGACAGGCGGUGUUGGCCUCAGCAACAAAGUUAAAAAUCCGACUUCCUGGUUGAUUUCGAAUAACUGGGACGAAUUGUGUAGAUUAUCCGAUGAUUGUGCAGCAUUCAGGGGUUUACGUGAACAUUUUAUAAGUCAAGUAGGUAAAUGGAAGAAUAUAUUUGAUCAUAGUGAACCACACAGUCAGAAACUCCCGGAGCCAUGGCAGAAAAAAUUGAGCACAUUUCAAAAAUUAUUGAUUUUGAGAGUUAUUCGCCCAGAUAAAAUGACGCCAGCUGUACAGAAGUUUGUCAGCGAGCGACUUGGAAAAGAGUUUAUCGAACCACCGCCGUUUGAUUUACAAUCAUCUUAUUCGGAUUCACAUUGCACAGUUCCAUUAAUAUUUGUAUUAACUCCCGGGGCGGAUCCGACCGCCAUUUUGUUAAAGUUUGCUGAGAACAUGGGUUAUGGAAGCCGGUUACACUCAUUAUCCUUAGGGCAAGGCCAGGGACCAAUCGCAGUGAAGCUAAUCGAUGAAGGCGUUAAAUUUGGUACGUGGGUAGUUUUACAAAACUGUCACUUGGCGAAAAGUUGGAUGCCUACAUUGGAACGCAUAUGCGAAGGAUUUUCGAUUGAAACGACACACCCGGACUUCCGACUGUGGCUGACGUCCUAUCCGGCGGAGCAUUUUCCGGUUCUAGUGCUGCAGAACGGCGUUAAGAUGACGAACGAACCGCCGAAAGGACUACGCGCGAACAUUGUGCGUUCGUAUCUCAGCGAUCCGCUGACGAAUCUCGAAUGGUUCGAGAGUUGCAAGCAGAGCGACAACUUUAAGAAACUACUCUAUGGCCUGUGCUUCUUUCAUGCGCUCGUCCAAGAACGCCGGAAGUUCGGCCCGCUCGGCUGGAACAAUCCGUACGAAUUCAACGAGACGGAUUUGCGCAUCAGUGUAAUGCAAUUGCACAUGUUCCUCGACGAGUACAAAGACGUUCAAUACGAAGCGCUUAGUUAUCUGACAGGAGAAUGUAAUUACGGUGGACGUGUCACCGACGACUGGGAUCGGAGAUGUCUUCGCACGAUUUUGAGUCAGUUUUACUGCCGUGAACUGGUUGAAAAAAAGCAUUACAAGUUCGAUCCAACUGGAACAUACUAUUGUCCGGAGGUAAAAGAGUACGAAGAGUUUAUGAGUUACACGCGUUCGCUGCCUUUGAUCACUCAUCCGGAAGUGUUCGGCAUGAACGAGAAUGCCGACAUCAUGAAAGAUCAACAAGAGACGAACCUGUUGUUCAGCAGCACGCUACUCACACAGGACGCGUUAUCGACGUCCGGAAGUGCGAAGUCGCCGGACCAGGUCGUGAUGGACGUGGCGAGUGAUAUACUCUCGAAAUUACCACCCAACUUUGACCGCGACCGAGCAAUGGAACGAUACCCGACAUCCUACUCACAGAGCAUGAACACCGUCCUCGUCCAAGAGAUGGGCAGAUUCAAUAAACUGCUGACUGUCAUCCGAACUAGUUUAAUCAGUGUUCAAAAAGCAAUCAAAGGAUUGAUUGUCAUGUCCUAUGCUCUGGAAGAAGUUGUAACAAGUGUACUAAUUGGUAAGAUUCCACAAAUGUGGGCAGGAGUGUCAUACCCGUCAUUGAAACCUCUUGGGAGUUACAUCAACGACUUUCUAGAGCGUUUGGAGUUUCUCAAACUUUGGGACGACGAAGGCGCGCCUCCGAGUUUUUGGCUUUCAGGGUUUUUCUUCACGCAAGCGUUUCUUACCGGUGCGCAACAGAACUACGCCCGGAAGUAUACUAUUCCGAUUGAUUUACUUACAUUCGACUAUGAAGUUUUGGAACAGACUGAGUUUUAUCGUCCACCUGAAGAUGGGGUCUAUGUGUACGGGUUGUUCUUGGAUGGUGCCCGUUGGAAUUAUAAUACUAUGGCAUUGGAUGAAUCUCUGCCCAAAGUUUUAUAUGAAACCGUUCCAUAUAUUUGGAUGAAACCCAUUAAACGUGACGAUUUGAUUUCUCGUCAUACUUAUACUUGCCCCAUGUAUAAAACCACCGAACGUCGAGGAGUACUGUCCACAACAGGACAUUCGACAAAUUUUGUUAUUGCGAUGAUGCUACCGACAGUCAAGAGCCCGGAGCACUGGAUCAUGCGAGGGGUGGCUCUACUCUGUCAAUUAUCGCAAUGAGGAGUGAUGUAGUAACCGAAGAAAUUGCGUAAUAAAAGUUUUGUAUUCGCGAAGA